GGCUGUGGCUAGCUCGAACCGCUGUCAUUGCGAGGCAGGUGUGUGUGUCAUCAGGAGCUCAUACACGUCCCCAGACCACGUUGGACUAAUUCUGUUUUUUUUUUUUUUUUUUUUUUGUGUUAAUUAAUACAGCCAUCAUGUUGUGGACAGCGAACAGAAUCAUUAGGAAAUUCUCUACCAGCUCUAAUUAUUACCAAAAUAAGCUGAGACUGGCUCUGAUUGGCCAGAGCCUGUUUGGACAGGAAGUGUACACCAACCUACGGAAGCAGGGCCAUAGGGUGGUGGGCGUGUUCACUGUGCCAGAUAGGGAUGGCAAGGCAGACCCUCUGGCGGUAGUGGCGGAGAAGGACGGGACGCCAGUCUUUAAGUUCCCGCGGUGGCGUGUCAAAGGGAAGCCCAUCCCGGAAGUGGUGGAGGCCUACAAGGCGGUGGGGGCUGAGCUCAACGUCAUGCCCUUCUGCUCCCAGUUCAUCCCCAUGAACGUGAUCGACCACCCGGCCCACGGUUCCAUCAUCUACCACCCCUCCAUCCUGCCCCUGCACCGCGGGGCCUCCGCCAUCAACUGGACUCUGAUCCAAGGGGAUAAGAAGGCUGGGUUCUCCAUCUUCUGGGCUGAUGAUGGUCUGGACACCGGUCCCAUCCUGCUCCAGAGAGAGUGUCAUGUGGAACCCAACGACACGGUGGACUCCCUCUACAAUCGCUUCCUCUUUCCAGAGGGCAUCAAGGCCAUGGUGGAGUCAGUGCAGCUGAUCGCUGAUGGGAAGGCCCCGCGAGUCCCUCAGACAGAGGAGGGGGCCAGCUACGAGGGUAUCCAGAAGAAGUCCAACUCCAAGGUCAACCUCGCCCAGCCGGCAGAGGCUAUCCACAACUGGAUCCGUGGCCACGACAAAGUCCCCGGGGCGUGGGCGGUCAUUGAUGGUCGGACUGUGACUCUGUACGGGUCAUCCAUGCUGGGGGAGUCGGUGCCAGCCGGACAGCCCCUGGAGAUAGAGGGGGCGUCCCAGCCUGGUGUCGUCACCAAGAACGGCCUGGUUCUGUACGGGUCAGACAGCAAAGCGCUGAUGGUGAAGAACCUGCAAUUUGAGGAUGGUAAGAUGAUCUCUGCUGCUAAGUACUUCUCUUCAGGAGACACCGCCCGCGUGGAGCUGACUGAUGACGAGAAGAAGAUAGCAGAGGAGAUACGAGACAUCUGGAAAGGCAUUUUGAGCAACGUUGCUGCCAUUGAGGAAACCACAGACUUCUUCAAGUCAGGAGCUGCUUCUAUGGACGUGGUCAGGCUGGUGGAGGAGAUCAAGCAGAGGUGUGUAGGGUUGCAGCUGCAGAAUGAGGAUGUGUACAUGGCCACCACCUUCCAGGACUUCAUCCAGAUGUUUGUGAGAAGGCUGAGGGGGGAGGACCAGGAGGAGGAGAUGGUCAUCGACUAUGCAACUAAAGACGUCAACAACAUGACGGUGAAGAUGCCUUGGCAGUGUUUCAUCAAUGGCAAGUUUGAGGACGCAGAGAACGGCAAGACCGCCAAUACCAUAAACCCUGCCGAUGGCUCUGUGAUCUGUAAGGUAGCCUACGCGUCAGUGGGAGAUGUGGACCGGGCGGUAGCAGCAGCCAAAGAGGCCUUUGAGGUUGGUCCCUGGGGCAGGAUGAACCCUAGAGAUCGUGGCACCCUGCUGUACAAGCUGGCUGACCUGAUGGAGGAGCACCAGGAGGAGUUGGCCACCAUAGAGUCCAUAGACUCUGGAGCUGUCUACACCCUGGCCCUGAAGACCCACGUAGGCAUGUCCAUCCAGACCUUCCGCUACUUCGCCGGCUGGUGCGACAAGAUCCAGGGCAAGACGAUACCCAUCAACCAGGCCAGGCCCAAUCGCAACCUGACCUUCACCAAGAAGGAACCUCUGGGUGUGUGUGCCAUCGUCAUUCCCUGGAACUACCCACUCAUGAUGCUGGCAUGGAAGAGUGCCGCUUGCCUCGCUGCUGGAAACACACUGGUCCUGAAACCUGCACAGGUUACUCCUCUCUCAGCCCUGAAGUUUGCUGAGCUGACUGUGAAGGCUGGCAUUCCCAAGGGAGUCAUCAACAUCGUACCUGGCUCAGGUGGGAUGGUGGGACAGCGCUUGUCUGACCACCCUGACAUCCGUAAACUGGGCUUCACAGGCUCCACCCCUAUCGGCAAACAGAUCAUGAAAAGCUGUGCGCUGAGUAACCUGAAGAAGGUUUCUCUGGAGCUAGGAGGGAAGUCUCCACUCAUCAUCUUCAGCGACUGUGACAUGGACAAGGCUGUGCGCAUGGGUAUGAGUUCUGUGUUCUUCAACAAAGGAGAGAACUGCAUCGCUGCUGGACGCCUGUUCGUGGAGGAGUCCAUACAUGACGAGUACAUCAGGAGAGUGUUGGAGGAGAUAAAGAAGAUGAAGGUGGGUGAUCCUCUGGACCGCUCCACGGACCACGGGCCCCAGAACCACAAGGCCCACAUGGAUAAGCUGGUGGAGUACUGUGAGGUGGGCGUGAAGGAGGGCGCCACGCUGGUGUAUGGGGGCAAACAGGUGGACAGGCCAGGGUUCUUCAUGGAGCCCACACUGUUCACAGACGUGGAGGAUCACAUGUUCAUCGCCAAAGAGGAGUCCUUUGGUCCCAUCAUGGUGGUGUCCAAGUUCAAAGACGGUGACAUAGAUGGCGUGCUAAACAGAGCCAACGACACCGAGUUCGGCCUGGCGUCCGGUGUGUUCACGCGCGACAUCAACAAGGCCAUGUACGUGAGCGAGAGGCUGGACGCCGGGACCGUGUUCGUCAACACUUACAACAAGACCGACGUGGCCUCGCCGUUCGGUGGUUUCAAACAGUCGGGCUUCGGGAAAGACCUUGGAGAGGAUGCUCUUAACGAAUACCUCAGGACCAAAGCAGUGACUGUGGAGUACUAAGGCAGCCUAAUAAACUGUAACAACGACUGAACACUCAAUCCACCUGAUCACGACUCACCAGUCAGUCUUGAUCAGCAGUCCAGCUCCGCUUUCCUAACAGCAGGUGUGUGUGAGAGAGGAGACCUUUAAUGUGUAGCCUACCCUCUGCCACGACCUCGUCUCAAGGUGCCUACAGUUUGAGCAUUCUGGUCGAAAACUUGCAUUACGGACACAUCAUGGACACAGGCGGUUUUCCCCAAAGUUACAAAAGGGAAAUGCACAUAUCAAACGCAGAGGUGGAUUUCAGUAUUCCAGAGCCAAGGUGGAUUUGACUGGAUCAACACCCCUUCACUUUGAGUUUAAGGUUUCGGUUCCUCCACUCAUCAUGAAAGAACGUUUUGCUUUUCAAAAGCCGAGCGCUUCAGGCAAUCUCCUCCUGCUCUGUUACAGUCACACAUCUUUUGCAACAUUUCAUUUUAACUCAAGCAUGCAGGUUCAAAUUCGUAUGUAAUUUCUGCUCAGCAAUGUUAGGUGCCACACUUCUGCUGAAGAUAUCCACAACUCCCUUAGUUACAUUUUUAUUUGUAAAUAUUUUAUAACAAAAGAAAACACACUGAAUAAUUGGAUAUAUUUUUUUGACAUUGUAUUUCUGUCAGAAAAGGAGCACUGUAGGUUACAACACUAGAUUAUGCAUUUUUAAAGCACACCAACCUACCUGCCCCUGUUUUGGUAAAAAACUGAGGGAUGGGACUGGAGAAAUGUAACUACUCUCAAAUGUAUAGACAGAGCUAUGGAUGCAAGGACUGACCUUCCAUGACAUCAACAUUAUAGUUUUAACCAUGAUUUGAGGCUAUGUAGUUUACUUUGUUCACAAAAAAUGAAGUAGAAAAAGCUUAUAUUUGGGGUUAUGAUGGGGUACGACAGUUCAACUAAGCUCAUUAAGCAUUUCUAAGGUAUAUUCAAGAAUCAAUGAGUACAUAUCAAUUUAAGUCAAAAAAUAUAUGUAGAAACUGCAGAUUGUCCCUAAAUUUAGUAAAUAAUAUAUAUUAAUUUAAAUACGCUAUUAAAUAAACUACCUUUGAAAGACUAGUGUUGAUAUACAAAUACAAAGGCUAACACUAAGAAAGUAUACGUUCAAGAAUAUAUUUUCAUUGUAUGUGCCAUUUUUCAAUUAGCAUUUUGAAAACUACAGGGAAAUCUGGUCUCUAUGGAGAUGUGAGAGACUAUUCUCCUCCGAACCUUGUGCAAAAACCAGCCCCGGCACAUACAGUUUGUCUUCCAACAUAUAUUACCGUUCAAAAGUUUAGGGUCACUUAGAAAUGUCCUUGUCUUUGAAAGAAAAACAAAUUUUUUGUCCAUUAAAAUAACAU